AUGAAUAUUAAGGAUUAUUUUGAAAGAAUUUGUUACAAAGGUUCCCAGGAAAAAACAGACUUGGAAACCUUAACAGAGGUUUUUCAACAUCACAUCAGCGCAGUGCCCUUUGAAAACCUCAGUCUCCACUGUGGCGAAACCAUUCAGUUGGAUUUAGAAUCGGUGUAUGAUAAAAUUGUGAAGCACAGUCAUGGUGGAUGGUGCAUGGAAAACAACCAACUUCUGUUUUGGGCCUUCCAGACCAUGGGCUAUGAAGUUGGCCUUUUAGGUGCUCGUGUUUAUGUGCCAGAGCGAAAGGCCUACAACCAAGAUGUCACUCAUGUUCUGAUCAAAGUCACCCUUGAAGGUAAAACCUACAUUGUGGAUGGUGGUUUUGGAGUGGCUUAUCAGAUGUGGCAACCGAUGGAGCUGAUUUCUCAGAAGAACCAACCUCAGACCCCAGGAAUCUUCUGCUUCACGGAGAAGGGUGGCGUGUGGUACUUUCACAAAGUGAAGCGCAAGAAAGUCAGGAUGGAUUCCGAGAACAAAAUUCUCUGCUCUGAUAUUGUAAAAAACGGGACCUGUAAGAACAUUUAUUUGUUUACUUUGCAACCAAAGACAAUAGAUGACUUCCGGCUGGCCUCUUUACAACUCCAAACUGAUCCAAGUUCUAUGUUUUUAAGGAAGUCCAUCUGUAGUCUCCAGACUACUGAUGGAUUUCUAGUUUUGAUUGGGUGGGUGCUGACUGAAACCAAAUAUAAUUAUAAAGACAACAUGGAUCUAGUAGUAAGCACAGUCCUGAUGGGUGAAGAAGUCCAGAAAAUACUGAAGGAACGAUUCAAGAUUCAGCUGGACAAAACGUUUGUCCCUCUUAACACCUGUUCAGUGUCCAUGUUUUAAUUCAGGUGGCCAAGGGUGAACUUCACUCAACAAUGCAGUUCAUCCUGAAGCAACGGAAAUGAAAUUGGGAAGCAACUUUGGAGAAUUCUCACCACGAAAAGAUCCAAAGGGAUGUUGGGUGAACACUUUAGAGAAGAAGAUUGUUCUGACCUAGGCUUCCCCAGCAGCACGAAGCCGAGUCCUCGUCCCGAUAAACCCCUUUUAUUUAAUUUACAGUGAAUUCCUCUCCAGCAAAGUCUUUCCUCUCCCACAGUCUUUCAAAAUAGUUCACAAUUACCAACCUUUAUCAGGCUUGGAGAGUGGACAGGCCAAUAUCUUUCAGAUGCCGCAAUACUUGGCAAGAAUACAGUAAUGAAUUAAUUAUCUCCUGCAAACUCCCCUCCCCUUUCGCUCCUCUUUUAUUCCCUCUGGGAGGGGCCAUUCACAGUCCACCUGUGGACUUACUCCCAAGUCAACCCUUGUUUUUUUAGCUGUUCCCUUCGUCUGGCAACUCAGUGCUUGCGCACACUGGGAACAGGCUCCAGCUGUUCGUCUGCCUCACUGAUGUCUAAUUCCAAAGGCAGCUGAUAACUGGCCUAUGGCCCUGGCCCUCUCUCUGCCUCUGAUGUAGAGCCUUCCCCGGACUCCAGGACUGGCCCAUGAUCUUCCCCAGCCUCCUGACUGUCCGACUCUGCUGCCAGCUCCGCAGGCUGCUUGCGGACCACAAGAUUUACUUGAAUCUGCUGCCAGAUCUACUGGCCACUGGCAGGACACAACAAAGAUGCUCUAUUUUCUUGGGCAGAUUCGGGUCAAUUUAGAGAGCAAAUGCCGUCCUUUAUGCAAGCUGAAUUUGCUGGCUCUAGGCUUUGCCACAGGGUUAGCGAUGUAAGUCUACUUUGAAGUAGGAAAAGGGAUAAGAAACCUCUUGCAAGAUUAUCAGUGUUGAGUUUUGACUGGUUCCUAGCUAUCUCUAGCUUCACCAUAAUGGUGAGAUUUUAAAUCAGUAUCUUUUCAGUCCUUACCUGGUCUCUAAGAUAUAUAGAGAUUUAGAAAGGCCUUCGAUCGGGAUAUAUAUAAAGGCGUGGAAUCUCCUGUAUGAAGCUGCGCUGACUUUAAGAUCAUCUAAUGAGGUUCUCCAAGAGAGGUGAAGAUGGAUAAGGGGAAGAGCUUUUUCCUUGGUGGUAACCCAGUGAUGGAAUUCCUUCCCCAGAGUUGGUCGCCGAGCACCUAUAUUAGCAUUGUUUGUCCUGGGCUUUUUAAGUGGCUUGUAAUUGUAUUUUGAUUCUUGCCUUUUGAAUGAUCACAGUGCUGCUGCCAAUUUUAGACGGUGUUUUUUAUAGUGCAUGGCAUUGGAUUUGAAAGUAUAUAUUUUUACUUGGAUUUUUGCGCAUGGGUUACAUGGAUUUGAUUGUAAAUCCGCCCAGGGAGCUUUGCCUAUUGGGAUAUCUACUAAAAUAAUAUGAAGUGGUCUUGAUGGUUCUCCCAAUUAAAUAUUUUACA